AUGAGGUUCUUGGAUAUUUUUAGAAGGUUACAAGUUAACAUUCCAUUGGUUGAAACACUUGAACAAAUGUCAACAUAUGCAAAGUUCAUGAAAGAAAUUCUAACAAAGAAACGAAGAAUCAUGGAUGAAGAAAUAAUUCAAGUGGAUGUUAGUUGCAGUGUUGUUAUUCAGAAAGCCCUUCCACAAAAAGAAAUUGAUCCUGGAAGAGUUAUGUUACCUAUUACUAUAGGAAACAUAAAUGUUGGAAAUGCGUUGAUUGAUUUUGGUUCCAAAGUAAAUUUCAUUCUUUUAUCAUUGGUUAAGAGGAUAGGUGAUGUGGAUAUGAAACAUACGAAGAUGACACUACAACUAGCAGACAAAUCCAUCGGCCAACCAUCAGGUAUAGCUAAAGACGUAUUGGUUAAAGUCGAUAAAUUUAUAUUUCCUAUAGAUUUUAUGGUGAUGGAUAUUGAGGCAAAUGAUGAUACUCUUAUAAUUUUGGGCCGACUUUUUAUGAAGACUACAAGAAUGAUGAUAUGA